AGCCCGCUCCCCCCGGGGAUGCGGCAGCCCCGGAGCGCUGCCCCUGGGAACGCUGCCCGGCUGAGGGGCACCGGAGGGCACCAUGAGUGGCGGCAGGUUCGAUUUCGAUGAUGGAGGUGCCUACUGCGGGGGCUGGGAGGGGGGCAAAGCCCACGGGCAUGGCAUCUGCACCGGCCCCAAGGGCCAGGGCGAGUACUCGGGCUCCUGGAACUACGGCUUCGAAGUGGUGGGCAUAUACACGUGGCCCAGCGGCAACACCUACGAAGGCUACUGGUCCCAAGGCAAGAGGCACGGCCUGGGAAUCGAGACCAAAGGACGGUGGGUUUACAGAGGCGAGUGGACCCAUGGCUUUAAGGGACGGUACGGCGCGAGGCAGAGCAUGAGCAGCGGAGCCAAGUACGAGGGCACCUGGAACAACGGCCUGCAGGAUGGCUACGGCACGGAGACCUACGCUGACGGAGGCACCUACCAGGGCCAGUUCACCAACGGCAUGCGGCACGGCUACGGCGUGCGGCAGAGCGUGCCCUACGGCAUGGCCUCGGUGGUGCGCUCCCCCCUGCGCACCUCGCUGUCCUCGCUGCGCAGCGAGCACAGCAACGGCACCCUGCCCCAGCAGGACUCCCCCGCCGCCCACCCCGAGAGCCUGCCCCUCUCGCCCACCAUCACCCGCGGCGGCUUCGCCCUCAGCCUCUACGCGGACGCCGAGGCCGGCAAGCCCAAGAAAGGGGGGCUCUUCCGCAGGGGCUCCCUGCUGGGCAAGCUGAAGAAGUCCGAGUCCAAGUCGUCCCUGGCCAGCCAGAAGAGCCGCGUCAGCUUCCUCAAGAGCGAGAGCGGGAUCAGCUCGGCCGCCAGCGACGCCACCUCCACCGUCAGCCUGGGCGAGGGCGCCGAGGGCGAGGAGUACACCCCCUUCGACUCCGACAUCGACGCCACCACCACGGAAACCUACAUGGGCGAGUGGAAGAACGACAAGCGUGCCGGCUUCGGCGUCAGCGAGCGCUCCAGCGGGCUGAAGUACGAGGGCGAGUGGCUGGACAACCUGCGGCACGGCUACGGCUGCACCACCCUGCCCGACGGCAAGAAGGAGGAGGGCAAGUACCACCACAAUGUCCUCAUCAAGGGCAUGAAGAAGCGUGUGAUACCCCUCAAGAGCGCCAAGAUCCGGCAGAAGGUGGACAGGAGCGUGGAGGGGGCUCAGAGGGCCGCGGCCAUCGCCCGGCAGAAGUCGGAGAUUGCAGCGUCCAGGACGGCUCACGCCAAAGCCAAGGCUGAGGGGUCUGAGCAGGCAGCUCAGGCAGCCAACAACGAGUCGGGCAUAGCCAGAAUGAUGGCCAGGGAGCUCUCCCCAGACUUCUACCAGCCAGGCCCCGAGUACCAGAAGCGGAAGCUGCUGCAGGAGAUCAUCGAGAACGCAGAGCACACGGCCAACAUGGAGGAGGAGGCGCCGCGGCCCGAGGGUGCCCCGCCGCCCCCCACACCGCCCGAGAGCCCCCAGCUCCACGAGCCCGAGGAGCCGCCGCGCCGCACCAGCCCGGCCCCCAGCCCCGCCGCCACCCCUCCCGAGGCCAAGCGCGCCAAGGCGGCUCCCCAGCAGGAUGGUGCCCUCCAUCCGGGCAGCUGGGCCGAGGCGGGCGGCCAGGCGGGUGGGAGCCCCGCGCCCCCCGAGGGUGAGGCCCGUCCGGCCUCGCGGGGCCGGGCCCGCCCUGCUGAGCAGAUGGAGAUUGGGCCGCUGCAGCGCAUGGCGCUCGAGCCCGACGUCGAGCUCUUCAAGGGCUACCACAGCUACGCCGUCCGCACCUCCCCGGUCACCCCCGCCACGGACUAUGAGGAGGAGCAGUUCCCCGAGCACGAGCCACCCUCCCCGGAGCCCCGGGGGGACCCUCAGCGCCGAGGGGGCACCCCUGCCCCGCUGCAGGAGCGGGAGGAGAAGCUGGCGGCCGUGGCAGAGGCCAAGCCAGAGUCGCCCCGGCCCAAGGAGCUGCAGCAGCGCCACAGCCCCGAGCGCAGGCCCACGGGCCGGGCUGAGCCCACGGCCGACAGGAAGACUGAGGCCAGGGCACCAGGGUGGACGGAGCCCAAGGCAGGGGCCAAGCGGAGCCCGACCCCGGUGGCGGCGGCGGUGGUGGCAGCACAGAAGGUGGAGGAGUGCGAAGAGGGACCUAACACAAUCGUGAUCUGCAUGGUCAUCUUACUGAACAUUGGUCUGGCCAUCCUAUUUGUACAUUUUUUGACAUGAUGAGCCUCUUGGACAAGAAAAUAUGAAACUGAAAUUUGCAGUUUAAUUGCACCAGUGCAAGUUCUGCAGCCGCUGUUACGUGAUUGUUUUACUAAAGGUAAAUAUGAGCCAAGAUGUCUGUCAGACUAAGGUUAAACUGGAGCUUGAAUUGGGAUGAGGGUUUGAAUAUGGAUUUGGUGGCAGUAAAAUUUUUUGAGGUUUCUCCUGUCUGUGGGAUUCCUACAAACAGGAAUGUGUCCUGGGCUUGAACAAGAUUUCUCUCACCUUGAGCUCAAAUAGUUCAAAAAAAUCUGCCAUCAAGGCUGAACCUGACCCUUGAGCCUCAUGUAAACAUAACACAAAGAGGCACCUCCCAAGCCCCUGUGAGGGUGUUGGGCUACCUUCCUGGGGCCUACUGGGGGAUGAAACUGCUCUGCUGGACACUGCUUUGUGUUGUGUUAUUAGUCCCCAUUCAGACCAUGCAGGUGAAAGCCUUGCAGACAACUGCAGUUACAUGUUGGUUGUGUGUCUUGCUCCCCCUUGACUCUCGUGUUGAUCUGUGUCUGGGACAGGCGUUGCUGCUGAUGGAGACCUCAGACCUUGGUGGGGAUUAAAGCUCAGCCACCCGGAAACACCUAAGAGGAGGACUUGAGAUCCCAAGGUUGCAAACAUCAACCUUAAACGAGAGCACCUGAAGAUCAGUUCAGUCUCCUGCUCCCAGGCUGGGGCUGGCCUCUGCAAUCUACCAAGGAAAAGCCAGGAUUUCUGCACUGUGGUCUCCUUCCCUUCUUUGUAUAAAAUAGCAGUUGCCUUAAAUUAUUCUCACCAAAGCCAUCAACUGUCCUGCCACGCCGGGGAUGAGGGAUUUAUCUGUAGCAGUAGGAAAACGAGUGAGAAGGUCUCAUGCGUGCACACUGACGUGUUUUGUAACUCCCUUGGUUGACUUGGUGUCAGAGAUUUUCCAAAGGUUAUCACCCAUGGCGUGGAGCUGAAGCGAUACACAGCAACCAGAAUGACUCCUGAGAGCCGCGCCAUGGCCAGGGGUGGACGAUGUCACCCUCCGUGCUUGGAAGUCAUCCAAAGGGAUGAACAAAAAGUCUUUCCUUUCCCCCCGUCACCUGGAGUCAUUUUCCACUUAUGGAGGACUGAGAGGGGGAGCAAGUUGAAAUUGGGCUUGUUGAAGUGUAACCCGAGUCCUGCCCAUGCUGGCUGACGCAUCGCGGGCGGGGCCACGGGGUGGGGUGUGAGGGACUGGUGGAUCCAAGGCUGUUGGUGCAUGUGGGGGUGCUGUGGGUGGAGAUGGUGCCUGUUUUGGGACCAGGCACCGUCCAAGUGUUCUCCUGCCACCAACAGCGCUCUGCACAGAAGCGUCUUGCAGUGGGUGGCUUCCCGCUGUAACGGGAAAAGGAAACAGGUGUGCUGAAUUUGUCCCUUUACCCCCUUUUUUCUAUGAAAAUGUUGCAAGUUACAGUAAAAAGGAGGUACUUGCUGAAAAUACCUCUGUAUGCCUGCAGGUUCCUCCCCUUGAGCUGCAGGGGGGCUCCUGGGCUCUCACUGCAUGGAGCGAACAGACUUUCCAGCCAGAGGAUGCAGGGUGGCUGUCGUGGGAGAGGUUACCUUAUUCCUGAAAGAAAAGAGGUGCAGAGACACGAGUGACUCCAGUGUAUUUGGGUGUUGGGCUCAGAAAUACGCAGCAGCCAGGCUUUCAGCAGGGGCAGAGUACAGUGGGGCAGUUCCAGCUGUUGUGUGCGAGGCUGAGGCCUGGGCGGUUUGCACCGAUUUUCCCAAAGCUGCGACAGGGAGUGACCUUUGAAAGGAGAUUUUUCCACCAUGAUCUGCUCUGAUCUUUAGCAGUGCGAGCUUGGAAAGUCAGCACAGAUGAAGUUACAGUUUAGUGUGAGGCUGAGUGCUUGGACAUGUUUCUUCUUUCUUUUAAGAGCAAUGUGUAUUUUCUAUCCCUUUUUAAGAUAAUCGGAGAUGUUAUUUAUAGUUGGUUGUGCACCUCUGUGUAUCCUGAAGUCCCACAGCACAGGACUGGGUGGGAAAACCUUGUUGGACUGGAAGAAAUGGGGAAAUGAUGGUUAAGGAAAAAAACAGAUGCCCAGUCUGCUCCAAAGGUCAAUCUGGAAGGAUUUCAGAGAUGGGGUGGCAGACACGCAGGGGUUUACACUGACUGGAGACACAGGGCAAAACCUGCCUAAUUUAUCUACUCUAGCUAUGGCAUAAGAGAGUGAGAAUAAUUCAGUACUUUUCUUUGUGAACCAAUUUUAUUUUUUAACCUUAUUCAGCUCAGGAACUUUGCCACAGUAGCAAAUACGUGGUGUUAACUGUGGGAGAAGUGAAUGUGAUCCCUAAAAGCCAUGUGGCUGUACCAGUCCUGAGAAAGCUGUGCAGCAUCAUCUACACUUCCACAGAGCGUAGUUUAGUAGCAAUUUGCUUCUUUUCUCUUUUAUUUUUUUCCUUUUCUUAAGUAUAAAUGUAUUGCAAACCCCAGGCUCUGCUGCCUUUGACGUUUUAUCUCAGUUUGCUGUCAUUCACUUGCCAGCUCUGCAGUUUCAAUAUGCCAGCUGCUUUUAUUCACCACCAAGAGAAUUUCCAUCCAGAGACCUGAGGGGCUUUUACUUAUCACUAAGCACAAAAAUGGAUCUUUUUCAAGAGUGCUAAGGUAAUUCCCCCUCCCCUCAAUUUUUUAUGCAUGUGAUAUGCACUCAUUAAUGUGCUUUCCUCCUAGUAACCUUCUGAGAAAAGGUGGUAGAUUUGCUUUUAUGUGACAUAUAACUGUAUCCAUAUUGCACUGAGAUAUGGAUAUAUAUACAUAGAGAGAGAGCCCCUUAGGGGUUUCAUUUUCUUAGAUGCAAAAUACCAGAUUUACCUCAAACUGCAUGCUUUCAAAACUGACUAGGAUAUUGUGUUAUACUUUUCAGGUCUUACAAAGAUGCAGAUACCUUUCGCUCUUCACACAAAAAUACCUUCAUCACAGAUUUUGCAAGCUGUUUACUACAAUCUGUGUACUACUGUCCAGAGUUUUCUGUCGGUUGUUCUGCUGGAUUACGUGCAAUAAUAAACAGUUAUCUGCUCACUUUAUCCACAUGGAUCUUUGCAGGGGAAUCCACAGGUUUCUUCCCGUGUUGACACAUUCACUCCGGUCUUAAAGGAGAGAGCGUUGCAGAAUUUCACUGGCAGCACCUGGAUGUUUUUCAGCUUUUCCCCAGUUGUCCCUUUUCAAAAUCUUGCAUUCUUUUAUUGACUGGGGGUACUUUGCAAGGAGAGCUGUUUUCACUUACUGCUCUUUAGGAGUUUGGUGGCAGCAGUCUGAGGACACCCCCUGCUCCCUGAGCACACUCUGUGUGCCACCAUCCUGCUGGCCUCUGGCAGAGGUUGCCCUGGGCCGGGAGGAA